GUCCCGAGCGGCCCCCGGGGGAGCCCCGCGCGGUGCGGGGGCAGGACCCGCCCCGGCCCGGCCCCGCUCUGCUCCGCCCCGGCCCGGCACGGCACGGCCCGGCACGGAAAGGCACGGCCCGCUGCGCAGCGACCAGGUGCGAUGCUGACUCAGCCUCCACGCGUCCCGGCCCGGUGUGGCACUGAGCUCCAUCGGUAGCCCUGUGCUGGUGGCAGCAUGGGGCCACCAUGCCACACGCGCCUCUUGCUCGUCCUCGCCCUGGCCCCGCUGCUUGCCGACGCCUGGCAGUGCCCCCGCAUCCCCUACAGCUCCACCAGGAACUUCUCCGUGCCCUACACGCUGCCCAGCUUCGAUGCUGGCGGCCCCGUGCAGAACGUCGCCGUCUUUGCCAACCCACCCAUCGCUUUCGUGGCCGUCCGCAACCGCAUCCUGCUGGUUGGCCCCGAGCUGAGCCGCCGCUCCGUCCUCAUCACCGGCCCCACGGACAGCGCUGAGUGCGAGAUCUGCCGCCUCUGCCCAGCCGCUGCGGGCGGCCCCGGCCCCGAGGACGUGGACAACGUCCUGCUGCUGCUGGACCCGCGGGAGUUGUGGCUGUACAGCUGCGGCACGGCACGGCACGGGCUCUGCUACCUGCACAAGCUGCAGGUGCGUGGUGACGAGGUCACCAUCGGGGACACCCACUGCCUGUACUCUGCCACAGGCAACAGCCCCACGUUUUGCCCCGACUGCGUGGCCAGCCCCUUGGGGACCAGCGGCACCGUGGUGGACGACAGCUACGCUUCCUUCUUCUACUUUGGCUCCACCGUCAACAGCAGCGUGGCGGCGCGCUACAGCCCGCAGUCGGUGUCGGUCCGCAGGCUGAAGGGCACGCAGGACGGCUUCGCGGACACCUUCCAGUGGCUGACGGUGCUGCCGCCCUACCGAGACACCUACCCCAUCCGCUACGUGCACUCCUUCACCACCAAAGAGCACGUCUACUUCCUGACGGUGCAGCCCGAGUGUCCCGGCUCGAAGUCGUUCCACACGCGCCUGGUGCGGCUCAGCACCGGCAGGUACGACCUGCGCCGCUACCACGAGCUGGUCCUCGACUGCCGCUUUGAGUCCAAGCGGCGCCGGCGCGGUGCCGAGGAGGACACCGAGCGCGACGUGGCCUACAACGUGCUGCAGGCUGCCCACGCUGUCCUCCCCGGAGAGCGCCUGGCCCGAGACCUCGGCAUCGACCGCUCCGAGAAGGUUUUGUUCGGCGCCUUCGCCGAGAGCCAGCCGGAGAGCCCAGUGCCGCGGGACAGCUCAGCCGUCUGCGCCUUCCCCCUGCGCCUGCUCAACCAGGCCAUCGAGGAGGGGAUGGACAAGUGCUGCGGCACCGGUGCGCAGACGCUGAGGCGGGGGCUCAGCUUCUUCCAGCCGCAGGAGUACUGCCCGCACAGCGUCAACCUCUCGGCACUGGUGAACGACACCAGCUGCUGGGACCAGCCCACCCUCGUCCCCGCCACCUCCCACAAGGUGGACCUGUUCAACGGGCACCUGGCCGGCGUCCUCCUCACCUCCAUCUUCGUCUCCGUCCACGAGAACGUCACCAUGGCCCACCUGGGCACGGCGCAGGGACGCAUCCUGCAGAUGGUGCUGCAGCGCUCCAGCUCCUACGUCGUCCCCUUGGCCAACUUCUCGCUGGAGGAGCCGGCGCCGCUGCGGCACGUGGUGAGGCUGCAGGAGGACUCGCUGCUCUUCGCCGCCGGCACCAAGGUGUGGCGCGUGAAUGUCACCGGCCCGGGCUGCCGCCACUUCUUGACCUGCGACCGCUGCCUGCGUGCCGAGCGCUUCAUGGGCUGCGGCUGGUGCGGGGAUGGGUGCACGCGGAGCCACGAGUGCAACGGCACCUGGGUCCGGGACAGCUGUCUGCCCAUCCUCACCCAUGAGGGAGCUCCCCGUGGCCAUCGCGUGCUCUCGCUGCCCAUCCUGCAGUUCCACCCCAAGAGCGCACCGCUGCGGGGCCGGACAAGGCUGACGCUCUGCGGCAUGACCUUCCGCUCCCCGCUGGACCCCGCCGCACACCGCGGCCCCCCCGGCCCCUACCGGGUGGCGGUGGGAGGGCGAAGCUGCAGCGUGCUGCUGAACGAGAGCUGGGCCAGGCCGCAGCCCGCCUCCCGCCUCAAGGACUUCGUGGACGUGCUGGUGUGUGCCCUGGAGCCUGGGGGGCCGGCGGUGGCGGGGCCGGCCAACGUGGUGCUCAGCGUGAUGGAGCCCCGCAAGGCCUCGGGCUUCAGCGUCCAGGGCUCUGCCACCCUCGGCGGCUUCUUCUUCGUGGAGCCCCAGGUCAGCUCCCUGCACCCCAGCUUCGGUCCCCAGGGCGGUGGCACCCUCCUGUCCCUCGGCGGCACCAACAUCUCGGCGGGGAGCAGCUGGGAGGUGACGAUCAACGGCUCCAAGUGUCCUCUGGCCCAGCAGCCCAGCCCCCGGCACUCUGUUCCCAGCCAGGAUGACGGGAAGAUUCGAUGCACGGCUCCCGCUGCCGCCCACCUGGGCGCAGCCUCGGUAGCCCUGUGGAUCGAUGGGGAGGAGUUCCCAGCCCUGCCGUCCUUCCAGUACCGCCCCGACCCCUCCGUCUGGGGCAUCGUCCCCAACUGCAGCUACGAGGGCUUGAUGCUCACCCUCAUCGGCUCCCACCUGGACUCGAUGUAUCGCGCCAAGAUCCGCUUCGAGGCUGCUGGCGAGAAGACCGAAACCACGGUGUGCGAGGGCCCGCAGCUGCCCGAGCGGCUGCUGUGCCGCAGCCCGGCUUUCCCCUUCGAGACCAAGCUGGAGACGGUGCUGGGGAACCUGAGCGUGCUGCUGGAAGGCGCUGCCGGCCGCCAGCUCUUCCGCCUGCGCUACUUCCCCAGGCCCCGGGUCUUCCCCUUCGAGCAGCAGGGCAAGCAGAGGCACUACCGCCUCAAACCCGGUGACGACGAGGUGGAGGUGAAUCAACUGGGGCUGGACGCCGUGGCCGGCUGCAUGAACAUCACCAUGACAGUGGGGGGCCGGGACUGCCACCCCAACGUGCUGAAGAACAAGGUGAUGUGCCACGUGCCCCACAACCUACGCCUGCCCCCAGCCGGGGCCCUCGUGAAGAUCUGCAUGAACAGCGACUGCCACACACUGGGCUUGGUGCUGGCCGCCUCCUCGCUGGACCUGGCUGCCAGCCUGGCCCUGGGCACCGGUGUCACCUUCCUGGUCUGCUGCAUCCUGGCUGCUGUGCUGCUCCGCUGGCGCUGGAGUAAGAGGAGGGGGACGGAGAACCUGGAGCUGCUGGUGCACCCCGGCCGGAGCGAAGCCUCUGCCAUCACCCAGCGCCCUGGUGUUGACUACCGGGACGUGCGGGUGGGAGCGCUGCCUGCUGCAGGCAGCCCCAUCCUGGCCAGGCCCCAUGCGCACAUUGGCGGUGCUGCGGGCGGCGGCUCCCCGGUGCCCCUGCUCAGGUCCACGUCCUGCUGCCUGGAGGACCUGCGGCCGGAGCUGCUGGAGGAGGUGAAGGACAUCCUCAUCCCCGAGGAGCGGCUCGUCACCCACCGCCACCAGGUCAUCGGCAAAGGGCACUUCGGGAGCGUGUACCACGGCACCUACACGGACCCGCUGCUGGGCGCCCUGCACUGCGCUGUCAAGUCCCUGCACCGGAUCACGGAUCUGGAGGAGGUGGAGGAGUUCCUGCGCGAGGGCAUCCUGAUGAAGAGCUUCCACCACCCGCAGGUGCUCUCGUUGCUCGGGGUCUGCCUGCCCCGCCACGGGCUGCCCCUCGUCGUCCUGCCCUACAUGCGCCACGGGGACCUGCGGCACUUCAUCCGCAGCCAGGAGAGGAGCCCCACGGUGAAGGAUCUCAUCGGCUUCGGGCUCCAGGUGGCCCUGGGCAUGGAGUACCUGGCCCAGAAAAAGUUUGUGCACCGCGACCUGGCGGCCAGGAACUGCAUGCUGGACGAGACGCUGACGGUGAAGGUGGCUGACUUUGGGCUGGCGCGGGAUGUUUUCGGCAAGGAGUACUACAGCAUCCGGCAACACCGGCACGCCAAGUUGCCCGUCAAGUGGAUGGCGCUGGAGAGCCUGCAGACCCAAAAAUUCACCACCAAGUCGGAUGUGUGGUCCUUCGGGGUGCUCAUGUGGGAGCUGCUGACGCGGGGCGCGUCGCCGUACGCCGAGGUGGAUCCCUACGACAUGGCCCGCUACCUGCUGCGGGGCCGGCGCCUGCCGCAGCCACAGCCCUGCCCCGACACGCUGUACGGGGUGAUGCUGAGCUGCUGGGCGCCUGCACCCGAGGACAGGCCGUCCUUCUCGGGGCUGGUGGGCGAGCUGAAACGCGUGCUGGCCUCGCUGGAGGGCGAGCACUACGUCAACCUGGCCGUCACCUACGUCAACCUGGAGAGCGGCCCCCCCUAUCCCCCCGCCCCCUUGGACCAGCAGCCUGACGGCGAGGAUGAGGAGGGUGCUGAAGAUGAGGAUGAGGACGUGCGCUGACGGGCGCUCUGCUCCGUGGGGUCUCCCGGGUCCCCACGUCCCGUGGGCACGCGCCCCCAGGGAGGGACGUGGGGUGCAGCUGGGUGCUGUGUGGCACCCUGCCCACGGGGUGGGCGCUGGGUGCUGCUCUUUCGUGCCUUGAUGGGACCCCCGUGGUGUCCCUCAGCCCCAGUCCAGUGCCAGCUCGGUGCUGCGGGCCCCGUGCUCAGCCCCAGCGAGUGCUAUGGGGCGGCCUGAGCCGACGAGGUGUCCCAAGGGGUUUUGGCCCCCCUCCGGACAAAUUCAGCGUUUUUUGGUUGAAUGACUGAUAAAAAAAUGAAUUUUAUUUUUC